AUGAAUUCGAUAGCUGAAGAUGAGAGGGACGACACAGUGAUUGCUGGCGCAGCACAUAAGGCGUCAGGAUCACAAGAUGGAAGUAAAAAAUUAGAUAAGAUUAUCACUUUAAAAGAACGUUUUGAAGAUAUGAAGGAGCGACGUCUGCUCCCACGGCGAAGAACGGCUAUGGGUUCCUACAUUGUUCCGCCUGGAGAAAAACCUCUUACGUCGCUAGGCGACUGCAAUCCAUCGCCGUCUGAUUAUUACCCCAAAGACGAUCUGACCAAAACAACAGCGCCUCAGGUUUUGAUAGUAGGAAGGACACGCCCUCCGAAAGCCAAGAAAUGCCCUGGCCCCGCCGACUACGACACCAGCACGGACAUGGAGUGGAGAGAUAAAUUCAUAUCACAGAAAAACAAAGGAAGGAUGUGUAUAUACGAUAUUAGAAGUGAUGCCCACAUUAACGACAGCAUUGGGCCCUCGCGGUACAACAGCCAGUAUUACAACUGCGGGACUAUGGGUCCCAGGUACACUGUCCGCGCCCCUGUCGCCGUGCCCGGAGAACCACCCAACAGAUUGGUGCAGCCAGUCGACACACACGGUGUCAACAACCCAGGGCCCGGAUACCGCCCUAGCUCCAAAUACUGGGGUCGUGGGCCGGAAAAGUCAUUCGGGUGCAGUAGGAAAGACGAGACUGAAGAAGGACCCGGCCCUGCUGAAUACACGGUCAGUGAUGAAUAUCGGGGUCCAGCUUACUCACUAGCUCAACGGUUACCGUCGCCUAAACAGUGGAAAGAAGCCACCAGCACGACGGACAACCCCGCCCCUAACGCCUACGACCUCGGCACCACUGUGGGAGAGACGGUCGCCAUUUCUAUCACAGGACGACCCAAGACCAGAGAAGUGGAUGAUGGGCCAGCACCAAAUAUGUACACACUACCAAAUAUUAUCUGUCAAUCUCCCACAGCCAAAACACUGGCCUACCGGUGGUUUGAAAUAAAAGAGGCACCGCAGCCGAGCCCCGCUCACUAUUCUUUGACGGACACCAACCUGAAACGUAGCCCUGCCUACACUUGCGCCAAGAGAACAAGCGGGAACUGCUUCCUUCCGUAUGAACUAUUUGCCCCAGGACCAGGUAGUUACGACCCAAAUCUCAAGUAUACAGAGUACAAGGCCCCAGCAUUUUCUGUGAGAGAAAGAGCCAAGUCUCCUAAACACCAAGUGCCAGGCCCAGCACAUUAUAGUAUUAAGCUCCUCCACAAACCUGACGCGAAGAAAGCACCAGGGUACACCAUGGCCCAGAGGUUUGAACCUCCCUGUAGCAAGGUGAGCCCCGGUCCAGCAGCUUACUCUCCAAAGGUCAAGGACGAGGGGCCCCGUUACAGCAUGACAAAGAGGCAUCAAUUUAUUAAGAAGUUUGAGACUCCAUCCCCAAACGCUUACAGGCCCAAAUCCAGCUGGAAAUCGCGUAAAGGCAGAGGGUUCGGUCAACCGGUGACACUGAAGAGUCGGUUCAGUCCGUACGUGUACUCUGGAUUCUGUACCAAACAGCUUCGAGAUCCGGUCAACUAAUUAUUGCAAAGAUGACAUUUACUGAUGUUUCUUUUCUGCCUUGCUUUUACGAUAACCGGUAGUUUAUUUGAUUAAAAAAAAACACAAUGCCUUCAUCAUGCGACUUUGAUUUUAUUGGAAAUGACUAUAAAAAGCUGCGUUUUGUUGACUCUGUUUUUAUAUUUGAAACUGUGUUUAGAAAUAAUCAUUUAAUGGAAAAUAUAAGAGUUACAUGCAACAGCAAAGCGAAGAUUAAGGCGCAAAACUAAAAUCAUGACAUGACUAUAGUUUUUAUUUCCUUGAACUGUUAACAUGCAUGUUCGAAGACGCCCCAUUUUAUGUACUAUUGUUCCGUCUGUAUACAGUGGCAGUAA